UGUUAAACGAAACCCAGGGAAAGCAGCGGGAAGAGAGAAGUGAACCCUGUUUUUCACUUUAAAAGGGGGGGAGAUUUGUGUCAGACUUCAAAAGGGAGAAGCACAUUUUCGGACGACUGCAUAACCAGACGGGAGAAGAAUCUCACACUGGUGUUUGGAAAUGCUCACUCAUCGAAACACAUUCACUCUGUGGCUUCUGCUACUUCUCCAUGUCUCUGGAAGUGCAAUGAAAUUUAACCUAUUUGGCCACAGGAGAAAUGACCUACCUCAUGAAGGAGAUGUGAGGCUUUUUGGCGGCAGUGUUUCAGAGGGCCGUGUGGAAAUCUACCAUGAGGGCAAAUGGGGAACUGUGUGUGACGAUGGAUGGGACAUGGCUGAGGCCCAGGUGGUGUGCCGUCAGCUCCACUUCCCCAGAGCCAAAUCUGUCUCUGGGAAGACCUACGGAAAAGCAACUGGACCUAUUUGGCUGGACGACAUGGCAUGUAAAGGCACAGAGAAUCGUCUGUCUGCGUGUGAUUUCAAAGGCUGGGGAUUAAGUGACUGCACCCACAAAGAGGACGUUGGAGUUAUUUGUGAAACAGCCGGCACAAAUGGGACAGUCGGUGAUUUCACAUACUCGCUGGAUCAAAGCAUCAGUCUGUCUGAUGACCUCGGCCAAAUCUUUGACAGCGGGAACGGCUGUGACUUCCUGAUCUUGGUCCAGAGCGCUACUGGAAACAGACACGAGAACGAGACUCUGGAGGUGGUUGGGACAACGGUUUGUGCGCACAAGUUAAUCCUUUCACAGUUCCCACGCUUCAAUGCUUCAGAGGGGAUCACUGGUAUCACGGUCAACAUCAGCCAGUCCUGCCAAACAUAUUUUCCCUCCUUCAUCAGGUAUCUUUACACCCGCAAGGUGGAUGUGACCUUCUCCUCUGUGCAGUGCCUCCACUGGAUGGCUUACACAUUUGGGGUGAAGCAGCUAAUGGAGGACGCGGGCCGCCUGUUCACUAAGAUCCUCCCAGAAGACGCUUCUUUCUACACCCAGAUGUCCCUUUACAAUUAUGCAGAGGAGACUGGGGACUUGGUCCUCCAGGAGAACUGUGUGCAGUAUCUGGCCUGGAACUACCAAAAUCUGACCAUGUCCCCUGUUUGGACCCAACUCUCCGUUGAGCUCCUUGGAUCCCUUCUAGUCCGCUCAGACCUGGUGGUGCCGGAUGAGUAUUUUCUGCUUCAGACUGUGGAGAACUGGAUCAUAGAAAAGGGCGACUCGCUCACUUUGGAGACCCAGGCUGACCUGUUGAGUCGCAUUCGUUUCCCUAUGAUCUCCGCUGAGGCACUGUAUGGCCUGGAGUCCAACUCCUCUCUCUAUAGCACUCAUAAGAAUAUAUACCGUGACAAACUCUUGAAAGCGUUCCAGUUUAAUAUUCUGCUCCUCAGCAAUCUGAAGUCCAACCCCAAGUUCGACAAAGAAGAUGCUGAUUACAGGCCCAGGAUCUACACCGCUAAGCCAUGGAGUGCUGCUAUAACUCUUAAGUCUAACCGCGUGCAUUAUGACCGUUACAAUCAAUAUAAUCAAAUCCCAAGCGUGUCGCUCACCACACCUAUCCACAACAGCCUGGUCUUUAAGAAAAACCAGAUUAGCUGGAAUGCAGCUGUCUUUAGGACCCAACAUGAGUGUUCAAACCAUGGCCUGAGGUGUGAGUCUUUCCCUGUGGUAAGGAUGCGUACUUAUGACAGCUCCCCUAAUAACAUCGUCUUCCGUAACCGGCUCCUCCUGAUGUGCCAAGGCAAGUACAUCUGUCAGGUUCAGGACUUCAAAGACAACAUAGCUCAUGUUGCUAAGAAUGGGACGCAUGUUCUUCCCUAUCCCUGUCCUGAUGACCAGUACCUCUACCGCUUCGUCGUGAUACCAGAGUAUAUCUGAUCCAAAAGCAGGGCCAGGCUCAUUCUUUCUCAUAUCUGAUCAGUUUUUCUGCUUAUUAUUCAAUAGAUUGCAAUGAUGCGACAAUAUUAUCCAUGUGAUUUUUUCUCUUUUCUUUUUUUAUUUUUCAUAAAUCUUUGUUAAUUACCUGCAAAUGUAUCACCUGGCAGAAAUGUAAGUCAAGUGUCCUUUCCUGCUCUUUCUAAAUGGCAAUAAAAAAAGAAGUAAAUUCUA